AGAGAGAGAGAGAGAGAGAGCAGUAGGACAAGAUCACGACCAAGGCUUCUAAUCCUGCACGAAAAACAACGACUUUCCUGGGUUAUGUGUAUAGUUUAAUACAAUAGAAUAAAAGCUGACGUUUUAGUGUUUAUUUUCGGAAAGGUCAGUCAACAGAAGUCCGCCAUCAUCGACCAAAGGACGAGAAGAUGUCUGGAAAAGAACGGCUCGACGUAUUCCCCUCCAGAAUGGUUCAGACCAUCAUGAAGGCUCGGCUCAAAGGGGCGCAGACCGGCCGCAACCUGCUCAAAAAGAAGUCUGAUGCCCUCUGCAUGCGCUUCCGUCAGAUCCUCCGCAAAAUCAUCGAAACAAAGACUAAGAUGGGAGAGGUGAUGAGAGAGGCGGCCUUCUCUUUGGCUGAAGCCAAAUUUGCAGCUGGAGACUUCAGCGCAACUAUUAUCCAGAAUGUCAACAAAGCCCAAGUGAAAGUCCGUGCCAAGAAAGACAAUGUGGCAGGUGUCACCCUUCCAGUUUUUGAGCACUACCAAGAAGGCGGCGACAGUUACGAGCUGACUGGUCUGGCCAGAGGAGGAGAGCAGCUCUCCAGGUUGAAGAGGAACUAUGCCAGAGCUGUUGAGCUGCUGGUAGAGUUGGCCUCCUUACAGACAUCUUUUGUCACUCUGGAUGAAGCCAUAAAGAUUACCAACCGCCGUGUGAACGCCAUUGAGCACGUGAUUAUUCCCCGGAUCGAGCGCACCCUCACCUACAUCAUCACAGAACUGGAUGAGAGAGAACGAGAGGAGUUCUACAGGUUGAAGAAAAUCCAAGAGAAGAAGAAGCAGCUCAGGGAAAGGACAGAAUUAGAGAUUGCCGCCCGCCUGGCUAAACUGGGUCCCAUCGCAGAGCCCACCAACAUGCUGACGGAGGAGACGGAUGAAGACAUGCUGUUCGAGUGAAGCGCUCUCAAGGCAGACAAGUCCCCGACUACAUAUAAUAUCCUAUUUAUUCUGCGCCUCUAAGGCCGAGUCUAUGUCUCCUCAUGCAAGUGAUGAACGUUGUUUUCUGUGUACUUGUCUGUGAUGAUUUGUUCCAUUGCUUCAGUGAUGGAAGGCACCGUGCGUUUCCAGAUUUCGUCACUGUACAGAACCAAGGUGUCGUCUCACUGGGCUGUUUACCCUCAAGGGAGUCAGUUCACGAUUCACUGUUCACUAAACAAUAACAAUAUUAGGAGGUUUACACACGGUUUGCGAGUGAAAUUAAAGGAGGAUUCUGUGGGAUUAACUUAUUUCGAACUCCUCACAACAUUCAAAGCCAUUGCAUGCUGUGACGCUUACAGUUGUUGUAGAUUUCAAAGUGUGUGAGUCUGUGUUGUGGAGGUUGGUGUUACCUCAUUUGAGGAUGUUUACCAUUGAACCAGAAAACCCCUAAAGUGGCCCUGCUGUAAAGCUUGCAAGUCAACAAAAGCCCCAAACUUCAUUCAAAUAAAUAUGUCAUCAGUAUCCAA